AUGCACUGCUCGUUUUUUUCAUAUUUGAUCCUCAUUCGCAAGUUAGAGUUCCAAAUUCAAAGUAUUGACGAGAUAAGAAGAUGUAAAGAUAACUCACCAAAGAUCGUACUGCUCAACAAGUAUUUGCUUAGACACAGGCAAAGGAAGGUCAAAAAGAUCAGAGAAAAAAUUCAAAAACAUUUUGAUGAGUUGAAGGAGCGUGACGAAGAUCCAGAGACCGUAUUAGAUCAUUUUAACGAGGACUUCAAAAGUGUUGAAGAUGGUGUUGUGCGCAGCACCCUACGAAGAAGACUGCUACCGAGGAUAGAAGCUCUUUUCUCGGCACAAGAGAACUACGGAACAUGCCUAGACCUGCGCUUUUUAGAAGCGUACUACGCGGUUAGCUAUGAAGAAGUUCUUCAGAAAGUGACAAAUUUCGCCUUGGAGAUCGAGAAUGAGUUUGAGCAUCUUUUCGCUCUUCUACAUCUACGGCACUACUUGAAAGAUUUUGUAUACAAGAGCAAACCGGUAAUACGUCAUAAGAAAAUAAGCAGGCUUCUCAGUUGUGCGGAAAGUGAGCAUAAAGUAUGGAACACGUUCGAAAAUAAGGUGUAUUGCAUGUUCUGCAUGGUAGAUAUUGCAAAGAGUGUGUUUGAAUACCAUGCAGCCGGUAAGAAGCACAACAAAGCAAAAAUAGCCUUUCUUAAGAAUAUGGAAGCCACCGAUAACGACAGAGAUUACAAGGUAACUAAAUGUAUAAAUGUUUAUUUGAAACUGAGAUGCGAAUAUGUUCGUGUUACCAGCACAUAUGUGAACAGAUUAGAGGCACAAGUGAAACUUUUACUUACUUUUCUUGAAACGGAACUUAAGUUGGCGGUAUCCGUGCAGGGCACGGAGAGUGUUAUGAACAUAGAGAAGGAGAAAAAGAUUUAUAAUACCAGGAUAUAUAGAGAUGAGACAGGCAAUCCUAUUCCUCGAUGGUUAUACAAGCAGCGUGGUCUUAACGUGGAGUACAUAUGUGAGAUUUGCAAAAAUUGUGUUUACAAGGGAAGAAAGGAAUUUGAAAGGCACUUUAACGGAGAUAAACACAAGCAUUUUCUAGUGGAACUAGGUAUUGCAUCCGAUUUUGAAAAGUACCAUGGUAUAUCACAGAUUAAAAAUGCGUUGAAGCUGAGAGAUAGAUGGAAAUAG